AUGGAUGAACCUCAUUGCUAUGCACACAAAUGGUUUGAAAUAGAAUGCAAAUUAGGCAGAAAUUCUUCUGAUAUUCCUAAACCUUACUUGAAGUCGUUAAAUCUUGAGGAUGAAAACACAUUUCUAGCUGUGGGAUGUAACAAUCUUGCUUUUCUUCAGUCAAACGGGACAACUGUUGGUGGUUGUGUAUCAAUUUGCGACAACAACAGUAACAAUUUCAUGGGAAUAGAAAUUAGUUUAAAUAGUUGUAGUAAGAAGUUUUGUAAUUAUUGCAAGAAGCGGGGCCAUAUUAUCUCUGAUUGUCCCACCCGUCCUCCACGAUCAACACAACGUUCGGUGCAAGCAUUUUCUGCUAGUACAAGCUCUGCAGUUGGUCCUUCCAUCAUCAAUCCAUCUAAUGGUGGUGCUCUCCAACCUGAAAUAAUCCAACAGAUGGUACUUUCCGCUCUAUCAACCUUGGGAAUUCAGGGUAACUACGAUUGUAAUGGAAGGUAUUGUUGUAAGACUUCUUUGCCUUCACAUCUUUCAGAGUUUAAUGCAACACUCAGAGGUUUAAGCGAACUGAGUAGUGGUGGGUGUGGUUAUGCUUUAAUUGCAAGUAGUAGUUAUUUGUUAAGAUUAGAUAGUCCAAUUAUGAGUAAUUAUGAGACUGAAGAGAAAUUGAAUGAGUUGAAGAAUAUGGAAUAUGCUCCCCAAGACGAUGACUAUGACUCUCCCUACCCUGAUGGAGAAUACUAUGGCAAUCCAUACAUUGCUGGAGGCUGUAAAGAUACAGAUACAGUUCCAAAGUACUACUUUCAUAAGAAUAAUCGAUGGAACAAGUGGGUCAUUGUAGGAAUUGCAUCAAGUCUCGGAUCCAUCGGUUUCCUCAUCGGUCUACUGUUUUUGUACAAAGUUUUGAAACGAAGAAUGAUAAAGAAACGCAAGGAAAAAUUCUUCAAAAGAAAUGGUGGUUUGUUGUUGCAAAAAAGAAUAUCUUCAGGAGAAGUCAACAUUGACAGAACCACUCUAUUCACUUUAAGGGAUUUAAAGAAAGCAACUGACAAUUUCAAUAAGGAUAGAAUUCUUGGAAAGGGAGGCCAAGGCACUGUUUACAAAGGCAUGUUGGUGGAUGGUAAAAUUGUUGCAGUGAAAAAGUUUAAGGUUGAAGGAAAGGUUGAAGAGUUCAUAAAUGAGUUUGUUAUUCUUUCACAAAUCAACAAUAGAAAUGUUGUUAAAUUAUUGGGGUGUUGUUUGGAGACAGAAAUUCCUUUGCUUGUUUAUGAAUUCAUUCCCAAUGGCAAUCUUUUUGAGUAUUUGCAUGAUCAAAAUGAGGACAUACCAAUGACAUGGGACAUGCGUUUGAGAAUUGCUUGUGAAGUUGGUGGUGCUUUAUUUUAUUUGCACUCAGUUGCAUCUCAACCAAUUUAUCAUAGAGAUGUCAAAUCAACAAAUAUACUAUUGGAUGAAAAGUAUAGGGCAAAAUUAGCCGACUUUGGAGCAUCAAGAAUAAUUUCAAUUGAAGCAACUCACCUUACCACAAUGGUUCAAGGUACUUUUGGAUACUUAGACCCUGAAUAUUUUUACACUAGUCAAUUUACAGAGAAAAGUGAUGUUUACAGCUUUGGAGUAGUCCUUGCUGAACUUUUAACUGGUAAGAAACCAAUAUCUUCUACAAAAAUAUCUGGGGAAUCACAAAAUUUAGCUUCCUAUUUUGUUCAGUGUAUAGAGGAGAAUAUGUUGUUUGACAUAAUGGACAAAAGGGUCACAAAAGGAGGGGAGAAAGAACAUAUCAUUGCAGUUGCAAAUCUUGCAUAUAGAUGCUUAGAAAUAAAUGGAAGAAAACGACCAACUAUGAAAGAAGUCACAUUAGAAUUGGAAGGGAUUAGGGGAUUCAAUAAGAAGCUUAAUGCACAGCCAAAUGACAAGGAAAUUGAGUUUUCUGGAAUUGAACAAUGCCAACCUUGGGAUGGGUUUUCUGCAUCAAAUUCAUUACCAAUUAUGAGUAGCCAAACACACUCGGAGGUUAUGCACAUUCUGGCAAUAGAAUAG